AUGUCUUCCCAGCAGUACCCUUUGCGCCAGUCCGGCAUCUACCGCAACUUGCCACAAUUUGAUCCAUCAAUCAAGGGCCUCAGCGCCAUCAUUUGUGGUGCAAGCGGCAUCUCGGGUUUUAACACGCUCAGGGCCUUGCUUGACUCACCCGAGCGUUGGUCGACCAUCUACACACUCUCCAGAAGCCCACUACCGCCAAAACAGCUCGACUUCAUUGAGCCCUCCUUGCGAUCCCGCAUCAAGCAUGUCAGCGUGGAUCUGACUCAAUCUGCCGACCAGGUCAAGGACUCUCUUGUCCAGGCUGGGGUUCAGGCUGAUUAUGUAUUCUUUUAUGCCUACCUUCAGCCUUCAUCAUCCGAAAGCGGUAUGAGUACCUCGAUGGCUCAAGGUCUAUAUGAUCUGAAUGUGCCCAUGUUUGACAACUUCAUCACUGGCCUGGAGCUUGCCAACAUCGAACCUAAGCGCAUUCUUCUUCAGACUGGUGGUAAGAACUAUGGGAUGCACAUUGGGCGCGUACGUACACCGGUCGUUGAGUCUGAUCCUCAGCCGCGACACCUGCAAACCAACUUUUACUACGCGCAACAGGAUCGCCUCCUCAAGUUCUGUGACAAUCACCCAAAUACCAAAUGGAACAUGAUCUUUCCUUGCGGUAUCAUUGGCACUGCCACGAAUGCCCAGAUCAACACAUUCUAUGGCUUCGGCGCUUAUGCUGCUAUUCAGGCUCACAAGAAAGAGCCUUUGAGGUUUGGAGGGAACUUCGAUUCCUGGCAGUUCGGGGCCUGUCACUCCACGGCAAUCCUGACCGGCUUCCUUAGCGAGUGGGCCGUUCUGGAGGAGACAUGUGCCAAUCAGGCCUUCAACGCCCAGGACGGUGCAGGUUUGUCCUGGGAUCGCUUCUUUUCGGAAUUGGCUCGCUGGUACGGAGUCGAGAAAGGCGUGAUCGGCCCGGAGGAGGAAGCAAGCAAGUUCAAGGUGACCAAGUUCGCCGGUGGGAAGGAUGCUCCCUUGGGAUAUGGCCCUCCUCUGACAUUGCCCUUGACUUUCAGCUUGAAAGACUGGUUUGCCGAGACAGACAACAAGGACCACUGGAAGAAACUAAUGGCGGCGUCGGACGGCCAACUCACAUACGACAUAACUGAAGAUUCCCCAAGUGUGUUUGUGGGGGAUUUCGCCUAUUUGAAUUUUGGAACCCCGGCGGCGAAUAAGGCGCGCAUGUUUGGAUGGAACGGGUUUGUGGAUUCUUUGGAGAGUAUUUUUGAAAUGUUUCAAGAACUAGCAAAGAUGGGAAUGCUUCCUCCAAUGGAGGUUGAGAAGGCGCGAGCACUAGUUUAG